AGAUAGUUAACAUCUAUGAGCUACGCAACAGGAUGGCGCGUGUCCGCCCCCUGGCGCGGACAUGAGAAACCACACGACACUGUGUAGUUUCACUUUUCUUCCAUGGCUUGAAAAGUGUGACGGUCUUUGAAAAAUAGCGAGAAACUGCACCAGACGCGUUUGUAAGACACACUAAGUUUCCCCUUUACAGCAAUAAUUGUCUUGCUCCCUGCAGAUGGCAGAGCCGGGCAGGACUGUGAGGGUGAGUGGUCUGCCCUCAGACACUGAUGAUGACAAGCUGAAAGACAAGCUUUUUAUUCACUUUCUGAGAACCAGGAAUGGAGGAGGGGAAAUAGAGACUGUCACUAUUGUCAAGGCAACGCCCGGCUCUGCCCUCAUCACAUUCGAGGACAGUGGAGUGGCACAGAGCGUUAUUCAGCAUGGCCGGCACAUUCUGGAAGUGGAUGGGAAGAAGUAUAAACUCACUGUAACUGAGCAUCACAAGAGUCUGGACCCAGACAAGGUCAUCUUAAGUUUAUCAGCAACUGUUGACUACAGACAGCUUCCUGGGGGAAAACCGGCAUUGACAAGCCUUCAUAUGAGCCACCCUGAAGUCCAGAUAAACUAUGAUGUUACUAAAAAAUUCUAUAUAUUGUGUGGCGCCUACUCCAAAGUCCAGGCUGCCUUGGCACAAUUACUUGGCCAUUCUGGAGGCCAGCAAUCAGCAGAAAACAAAGGCUCACGUCAAUCUGUUCUGAGUGGCUUCCAGCCUGAUCAGAAGCCUCAUACUCAGGAGUCAGAAGAUCAGAGCAAGAAACCUAACAAGCAAAGAGAACAAAGAGGCAGAGCUCACACUGGCACAACCUAUGACGACUACAGUUUACGCACUCCUAGAGACCUGACACCGAGUGGCUGGGAAGAUACUGGCCGGACAGAGGGUGCAGCUGUGGAGCUUCCAGGGCGUCCUUCAGAGUCAGAGGAGGACUUCUCACUAAUUGUAGAUGCUGAUAUGUUUCAGUAUCUGCAGAGACACUGCCAGAAGGAAUAUCAGCAUAUCCUCAGUCAGUAUGGUGUUGAGGUGGUGGAUAUGACAAACCAGGGGUUGACUACUCUGUUCUUACAGGUUGCAACAGGAGUGGAUGGGGUUGGUAGAGAGCACCUGAAUUUGGCAAAAAAGGCAAUAAGUAGGCUUUACCAGGAGAAUGAGGCCAAGACCCGUCGAGCUCAGCUUCCUAAGUGUAUCCUGUCCAGGGAUGGGCUGCAAAGAGCGAUGGAGAACUUAAGUGUCCGACUUCCCAAGCUUCUUCUGAACGAAGACGACAGAUAUAUUUACAUUAUUGGGAACAGUGGUGAUGUGUCUGAAGCCAAGCAAUUCCUUCUUCUCGACCACAGCCAAGUGAGGAGUAAAAAAGAGGAUGUAUACAGUCUUCUUAGAUAUCCGUCAUAUGAUUUGAGUUCAUCAUCUCCUGCUGAUGAGGAGAGAGUCUCCAUCACCACCUUCUCCCCUGAAGGAUCUCCAGAUGAAAGGAUAGAUCACAUGCUGAUGUCAGAUGAAGAUGAAAGGAAAGCUGAUGGAGCUAGAAGGUAUAAAUUAGCAGCUCGGUUUAAGGAUUCAGGACUAGCAGCAUUAAGCAGUCGACCAACUGACUUACGAGGGGUUUUUUCUCCUAGUAGGCAAACACGCCUUGGGCCAGUCUUAGGGCAUGAUGUUCUAUCAGAUAAAGCAGGGAUUUCUGGUGAAAGAGCCUCCACAGCAUUAGCUCAAAACACUGGAGGGGACAUCUUGUUUAAGAGUGGUGACACUUUGCCUUCAUCUGCCUUUAUGCAGAAAAAAACUUCCCUGAACUCAAACGUAAUGGAUACUCGACCCAAGAAUUUAACAUCCCCCCUCAGCACUACUCAGUCCAGUUUGUCAGGAAGCACUACACCACCCUCAGUGUCUGGAUCCCCCUUGAAGCGAGCCAGUAGUUUCUCAGGAACACCUCAGCAGAAGGCUCAGGUUAUGGGUCAUAAGAGUCAAGAUGACUACAGCAAGUCAACAGUAAGAGCAAGGGGCAGGUCUACCAGCUUCAGUACCCAAACAGGGAAGGACAAGCGGGAAGUCUAUAAUGGAGAGAUCAGAGUUUCCUCAGUCAUGUGGCAGUACAUAAAAGAAGCCUACAGGACCCGAGUGGACGACCUGACUUCUGAUGUCCAGAUGAAAGAGAGCCACCCAGAAGGCAGUGCUGAUGUGACUGUCAGCUUAAGAGGGGCAGAUUCAUCCACAGUGAGUUCAUGUCAGCUCAAUUUACAGAAGCUGGUUGAUUCAGUUAAUACAGACUUCUCUGUGCAGGAGCUGUGCUUGUCAGAGCUCGGCAUCACUGAUCCAGCAAAUGAAACUUUACAGGCUUGUUGUGAUGAGGUGCGUAGCCGCUUCAAGAAGGUUUCCAUUCAGAUAUUGAAAAAGAGGUUAUAUCUUCUUGGUCCAAAAGUGCUGUGUUCUCAGGUAGAUGCUGUACUGCGGGAGGUUUUUUCUGGAGAUAUGACCAAAAUUCCUGAACAACAGGCCUUCUCUAGCACCUCUAUCUCCAACAGGAAUCUGGCCACAUUGUCACAAAUGAAUGAUGACCAAAUUACCAGUGUGCACUGCAACAGUAAUCCCCAGGUGAUGCUAGAGAGCCAAACAGCCAAAGCAAGUGAGACUGGAAGUGGUCAGGAAAGGAAAACAAACCACAGAAGUGACUUUCAUGAGACAGAGCUUGUGAAUGGGUCUAUUAACCAAACAUUAGUGAGCAAAGAUCCUGUCAUUAAAGAGAAAGUGAAAAUGAUAGGUACAUUGGAGAUGGAUGGACACAAGACUGAGACAUUUGUCAAUCACUCUACAAUAGGAAGUGACAGAAGCGCAAGACGUGUGAAUGGUGUUGGGUCAACAACAACCCACACUGAUAAAGAUGUGAGCCUUCAUAAGAACGAGAGAACCAUACAUUCUACUCCAAAGGACAGUAUACAGCGAAAAACAGCAGAGAUCCAGAACAGUCCAAGGGAAUCGAGGUCAGGUCAUGGAGACCUGGGGGGCAUCUGUGUGUGUGGGGAGACUGGGACGUCGAUUAUAAGAACUAAGUGUGGGGUAAGCAUGUGCUCCAAGUGUUUGGACACAGUGCAUUUUCACUGCAGAGUCUGUCAUGAGACGGAGCUGACACCACAAGGCAUCCAGGGCAAAAUGAGCUACUCCAAACUAAACAUCAGUGUACCAGGCCACAAAAAGGACUCUGCUGUCAAGAUCACUUACCUCAUUCCUGAUGGUAUCCAAGUGGAGGGUCACCCAUCUCCUGGAAAACCAUUUCAAGGAGGGAUAUUUGAAGCUUACCUUCCAGACUGCGAGAAAUCAAGGAAGUUGCUGCCCAGGUUGGACAGAGCCUUCAGGCAGGGACUCACCUUCACAGUGACAGGCAAAGAGACAGGGGCCAAGGUCGCCUGGGACUGCAUCCCACAUAAGACCAGCAUACACGGAGGCAAAUCAGGGAAUGGGUACCCAGAUUCCACUUACUUGGACCGCUUGUCUGUAGCUUUAACACACCAUGGGAUUUAAGAGCCAGCAGCCAAAUCUCAAGAAAAAUAAAAAAGAGAGAAGAAAUUGUUAUGUAGUUUUAUAUAAAAUCUAUUUUGUGGUUAGAACCAAUUGUACUGUAUGUAUAUGUUGAGGUUAUACCAGAUUAUACUGCUCUGUUUUAGCACGUUAAUGAUAUUUGAUGUUGUAUGAAGAAACUGAAAUUGUUUAUACACAAUACAUAGUAUUGCAGCUAUUUUGGAUGUUUUAAUUUUAUAACCUGCCUCACCAUUGAUUUCUUUAAGAUAGAUGGUUUGGGUUUUUCAAAAUGUGUGACCAACCACCAUUUUACUUUUGUAUUAUAUUCUUGAACACUUUCUUACUGAGCAUCUUUAUUAAGAAAAAAUCCUAUUUUAUACUCUACAGUUUGAUUAUACUGCAUUAAUAUACAUUUUGCAUUGUUCUUUAUGGUUUUAAGAGUAAUCUAUUUUAGGAAAAACAAAGAUAUUUGUAGAAUAUUGGGUAGUAAAAUUAAUGAUUUUAUCUGCCUCUUUUUUACUCUCUUCAGUGUUUCGUUCACAAUGUGCCCAGAAAUAAAAAAGCACAUCUGAUUUUUUUUUGUUAUGCUUUUUUUAUUAGUCCUGGAAAACAUGUAAGGCAUAUGGUAACAUUACACACUGAAGCGUUACAAGCUGUAGAGGCCAUGUGGACAACAUGGCACCACGCAGUAAACCCAGAGUCAAGCACAGAAGCAGCAUCAAUUCAAAGGGUUUAAAAAACAAAGUCGAGGCGAGAAGAAAAAACAAAAACGCAAGGAAGGACGGAGUAGAUGAGUACUAGCUUAGAAGUCAACCUGUUGAGUAUGUCUUUUAGAAAAUGACCAGUGGUGGUUGAACUCUGGCAAGAGGUGUAUAGCAGGAUGAAUGUGAAGCGAGUUUCUGAAGCAUUCCCAGAGGCAGGCUAAGGUGUAUCAUGAAUAUACCAGCUGACCACGACAGUGCCUAUGCAGAAGGGAGUCAGGUGGGACAGCUUCAGCUGGCAGUUUGAGAUGACUGGAAGGGCAAGAAAGACGAUAUAGCAGUACAUACACACGUGCCGUAUUUUCUGGUGGACUAAACAUGCAUCUUUGUACUGUACAUGACAAGCCCAGUCAGGUUGUACUUUCUUAACAUCUCUGCAAUGUUGCUGUGAUGUUAUCGCAUUGGACUCUUUUCAAAAUGACUGAUAAGGAAACAGUAGCUACAGGCAGAUGUGACUGUUUGGGUUCUCAGUGUGGAUGAGUGAACAAAGUGGCUCUGAAUAUGAAAAUGACCCACUGACAUAGCCUCUCUUUUUGACUCGCAAUACUAAAGCUUACAUCAAGUAUGGACGCCUUGAAGGAAAAUUGGUGCGACAGUUUGUGUGGUGAACUGGGCGAAACAGAAUUCUGUGGUGUUUGUUGCUAAAUGAAAGUUAAGUGAUUUCUUAUAUGAGGAAAACUGCAGUUUUGAAUGAUCUGUGAAACCAUAUUAAAAAGAGAAAUACAGCUUAAAGGUGGGUGCCAAGCAUAGACUGGAAAGGUGCUUUGGAAAUGCUAUACUCUGUCUUAUUGUACUUUUCAGACCUUAAACCUUGAGCAUUCAUUAGUGAUGUCAAAUUGUAAACUGUAAAUGUUCCGAAAAUUACCAGUUUAUUUUUACUUUGAAAAACUUUUUUUUUCCCCCAUGCAUCUCUGAGCUGCUAAGUACUCUUGCAUAAGUUUCUGGAAUGACUGGGAAACCAUUUCAAGAUGACAUACACUGCAUCACCAUAGUGGAAAAGCUUUCGGGCAUAAGGCCAAAGUAGGAAGGAGUUUAACCAACCAUUUGAAUCCCAGUCCCGGACAUGAAACCCCCACCAUACCGAGUUCACUUCAAAGGCAUCUUAGCCUAAAAGAACCAUGGGGAAAAUGUUGAAAGAAAAGAAAAUAUUAUCUGUUUUCCACAUGCUGGCGAAUGCAUGUGAUUUGAAAUUCCAGAUGUCAAACUAAUGUUUUAUUCACUACGAAUGUGUAUGGAGGAAGAAGAGGUCAAUAUGGAGAGGCAUUUUGGCUGGGUGCUGCUGGACUGUGACUGUUACAUAAGCCAAGAGGCUCUGCAGAUACAGCACAGGAAAAGGGGAACGACUAAUAAUCCUUGAGUGAACUGAGCUCAGCUGUAAAACGGAAAUGUUGUGUCUGGGGCAGGCCUGAGCCAAGCUAUGCUCAGCCAAUAAGCUGGGGUUUUGUGCAGCUGUAUUAAAGUAAUGGUACCCCUGUACAGCUGCAUGAAAACACAUGCUCUCUCAAUUGCUAUACAAGUCAUUUGGAAACAAACUGAAGAGGAAUACGAUGGAGCUUUGGAUUUAGAUGAAUUCUUCAGAUAGCUGUGAAUCUAUGUCUUUUGGUAGACUUUUUAAUAUUAAAUGCAACCUGUUAAGUUCUUAUUUACUGUGAUACUCAUACUGUGGUUGUAAACACGCAGGUAAUAAAUCAACCUGUUGCAACAGACAUGAUGCAAGAGCUGGUAACACACAGUAAAAAGGAUAUCAAUAUGGACGAGGCGCCUCAGAGGUCAGCUAUGUCCAAGGAGAAAAGCAGACACUUCAGGCCUACACUUGAGCAAGACUGCAACCAAUCAAAAACUACAAAUUGUAUUCAACCCUUUGUAAACUGCAACAGAAAUCCUUUCCGCACCCAUGCGCAUAUGGGAUACAAAUCUGACACACCGACAACUCUUGUGUUUUCAUUUUUCUUCAAGGUUAAUGGAAAUGCAUCCGAAAACAAAAUUGUCUUCAUUUUCUUCAGAUUUUUAUGCACUAUUACAAUUCAAAGCAUGGACAGAGGAAUAUACAUACAAUUUGGCACACAUGGUUCAGACCAACAGAAAGACUUCAUCACAUUUAAGAGGAGUGCAGGUUGGCAGGUCCCCACAUAAAGAGUAUGAACUUUGAACUUUAAACCCUUGCAUAACAAAACAAACAAA